AAGGAUCUGGUGAUCAAGCAGACGCUCGGCGAGGGGUCCUUCGGCCGCGUGAAGAUGGUCGUGCACCGGCCCGCGCCGACCGCGGGCGCGCCCGAGCCGGAGAGCCGGUCCUACGCGCUCAAGAUGCUGAGCAAGCAGGGCAUGGCGAACAAGAAGCAGGUCAAGGCCAUCCUGGCCGAGCUGCGCGUGCUGCUCCUCAUCAACCACCCCUUCCUCCUGCACCUGCACGGCACGUACCAGAGCCGCGACCUCUGCUACUUCCUCUUCGACUGCAUCCAGGGCGGCGAGCUCUUCAAGCGGCUGGCGUCGUCGGACGACUGCACGAUCCCCUUCAAGGACGCCCAGUUCUACGCGUCGCACCUCGUCGAGGCGCUCGUCUACCUCCAGUCGAAGCGCGUCGUCUACCGCGACCUCAAGCCGGAGAACAUCCUCAUCGACGCGCGGGGCUACGCCCGGGUCGUCGACUUCGGGUUCGCCAAGGUCAUGCAGGACGACGACUCGCUGGCCUACACGCUCUGCGGCACGCCCGAGUACCUGAGCCCGGAGUGCGUCCUGGGCACGGGCUACCGCUUCGAGAUCGACCUCUGGGCCUUCGGCAUCAUCGUCUACGAGAUGCUCGUGGGCUACACGCCCUUCUCCAACGACGACGACGAGGUCGACGACAUGAUGGCCAUCUUCAAGCGCAUCACGAAGGCGACGAUCGAGUUCCCCGACGCGCUCGAUGACCGCACCGUCGACUUCGUGACCGCGAUCCUCGCGCGCGAGCAGCAGAAGCGGCUCGGCAACUCGCUCGAGGGCCUCUCGGAGGUCCGCGACCACCACUUCUUCACGGGCGACAUCGACUUCCCGGCCAUCCUCGCCAUGAAGGCGCCCGCGCCGUGGACGCCGAAGAUCCGCGGCAUCGACGACACGUCCAACUUCGACGACUACGACGAC